AUGCGUCUCUUCUAUUUCUCCUUUCUUCUUAUAUUCCAAUGUUCCAAUGCAUUCAAAUACCUCAUAAUUUCUCCAAUUUACAGUUACAGUCAUGUAAAGUUUAUGAGUAAUAUUGCUGAUAAGUUAGCUGAUCAUGGACAUGAGGUUGUAGUGUUCCAGCAACAGAUACUCGACUCUUUGAGAGACAAAAAAGAUAUUAAGAAUCCAUCAAUACAGGUUAUCAACUAUGAAGCCGAUGAAAAUGGAAAAGAAUUUUACCGAAACCGCCCAAAAAGUACAGUAAGAAAAUACUGGACCACAAAUCAAGCUGCAACUCCAUCGGCUGCAGAUCAAUUUGCAGAGACUAUGAGCAACGAUUUAGAGCACAUGUGUCUACAAGUUUUCCAAGACAAAGCUCUUCAUGAAAAAUUGAAGUCUGAGAAAUUCGAUGUGGUUAUCGCUGAGCCGUUCGAUCCUUGUGGGCUUUAUCUAGCUGACUAUCUGCAAAUUCCAUCAAAAAUUGUAGCCAUGGCAUCAUCCCGAAUAGAUCCUGUUCAGUGGGCAGUUGGUCAGCCAAGUGGGCUCAAUUUUAUUCCAGGACCUGGAAGUACAUACGGAAAAGAAUCAGGAUUAUGGGAACGAGUGAAUAAUGUUUGGAUGUUCUUCAUGAGAACAAGAAUGUUCAGAACUGUGUAUUGGAAUCUUCUGGACACGAUAAGAGAAAAAUCUGGAACUGCCAUCAGAGAUAUUGAUGAAAUAGUAGCAGACAGUGCAUACUUGUUUUUCAACUCGAAUCCCUAUCUAGAUUUUCCGUUUCCUUCGCUCACGAAAUGCGUUCCAAUCGGAGGUUUUUCUAUGAAUGUUUCCAGUUGGAAAACUGAAAAGUUGCCGGAAAGUUUGGAUAAGUUGCUGGAUGAAAGGGAGAAAACGGUGUAUUUAUCAUUUGGAUCAGUGAUCAGAUCAGCCGAUAUGCCAGAAGAUUACAAGAAUGGCGUUAUUGAAAUGAUGAAAUCAAUGCCAAACGUCACAUUCAUUUGGAAGUAUGAAGAUGAAGAUGACAUAGAAAUCAGGAAAAAUAUUCCUAGCAACGUGCAUCUCAUGGCAUGGCUUCCACAGCCUGCAUUGUUAGCUGAUUCCCGUCUUUCUCUGUUCGUAACUCACGGAGGGCUCGGAAGUGUAAUGGAAGUUGCUUACUCUGGAAUACCUGCGAUAGUGAUUCCUCUGUUUUUCGAUCAACCAAUGAAUGGAGAAAUGCUCAAAAGACACGGAGGAGCGGAAGUUUAUUCGAAGUUCGACUUGAAGGAUUCACAAAAAUUAUCGGGAGUUGUUCAAAAAAUGCUGAACUCCGACUACUCAAGAAAUGCGAAACGUCUUUCCAAUCUUCUACAAAAACAGCCGAUUGAUCCUACUGAUCGUCUUAUCAAACAUGCGGAAUUCGCAGCUGAAUUCAAGAGUCUUCCAGAGUUAGAUCCAUACUCGAGGCAACUGAAUUUUGCUCAAUACUUUUUCCUUGAUAUCACUGUUCUUGUUAUAGUUUGUAUUUUGAUUAUGCUUAGACUUCUAAAAUUGACGAUUCACUUUGUACGUUCCUCAAUGCGUGUAAAAUCGAAAUACGAAUAG